AUGUUUCUGGGCUGGACCCUUGGUGUGCUUCUUGCUGCGCCGGUCGCACGCGUUGAAGCGUCGUGCGGCUACGGAACGAUAUUGCAGCCUCGGGAGGAUGGAGCCGUCAAAGUCAACAAGUUUGGCUACUUUGGCGCCACGGGCCCCGCAAGCUGGAAAGCGCUGGACCCCGCGGCCAACAGCCUCUGCGAGACGGGCCAGUUCCAGUCGCCCGUCAACCUGAUCCAAGGGCAGUACACCGUCGUCCCCGGCGCCGACGUGCAGCUCGACAUCCCCGACCUGCCCGAGGGCGCCGAGUUUGAGAAUCUCGGCACGACCGUCGAGGUCAUUGCCACCGGAGGCAACAUGUCCUUCGGCGGCGUCGACUACUCCCUCAGGCAGUUUCACUUCCACACCCCGAGCGAGCAUCUGGACAACGGCGUCAGCAUGGACAUGGAGAUGCACAUGGUCUGGCAGGCGCCCGGGGGGCAGGUAGCCGUCAUUGGCGUCUUUGUCGACCUCGUCGGCGGCGCGGCCACCUCGGCCCAGCAUGCCGGGCCCAAGUCUCGACGCGGUGUGAAGAGGGGCCAAGCCGAAGCCGCGGAGGAGAAGGAGGAGGAGCAUGGCAGCCGCGACAGCCGCGUUGCGCGAGACGACACUGGCUACUUCCAGAACUCUUCUCCCAGGACUGAUGCCACCUGGCAAUCCCCGCUUCUUCAAACGGUCUUCGACUCGGUGGGAUCUAUUUCUCGACCCGGGACCAAGACACAGACACGCCCGCUCGUCAUGUCGGAGUUGGUCAAGAUUUUGUCAUCCGGGACAUUUCAGACAUACCGAGGUUCGCUUACUACGCCUCCUUGCUCCGAGGGCGUCACAUGGCUGGUUUCCAACCAGAAACUCUCCAUCCCCGUGAGUACUUUCGCCAAGGCCAGAUCAGUCCUCGGAUACAACUCGAGGUUUCCGCAAAACAACCCUGGUCAGCCUAAUGUUCUGGUGGUCGGUCGCACGGGAGCAUAA